AUGGCAUCUUCAUCUAAACGCUCCAUUCUGAUCACUGGCUGCUCGCCAGGUGGGGUUGGCCAUGCUCUCGCCCUUGAAUUUCACUCUCGUGGCAUGCGAGUUUUUGCAACUGCUCGAUCCACCAAUUCUCUAUCCGAGUUAGCGCAAAAAGGCAUUGAAACAUAUGAGCUAGACGUGACAAGCUCGGAGAGCAUCGCAGCGUUGAGAGAUGAGAUCUCCAAGCGGACUGACGGCAAACUAGAUAUGCUGUUUAACAAUGCUGGCUCAAUGUAUCAAGCUCCGGCAAUCGAAGCCGAUCCUGCCCGUAUACGUGGAAUGUUCGAUACCAACGUAUUUGGCCUGUUCGAUAUGGUCUCAGCGUUUACUCCUCUUCUCCUAGCCUCAGCUAGCAAUUCAUCUACGCCGCCAGUGAUCAUCAAUACUUCAUCAGUCCUUGCACGGCUUCCAUUUGCUUUUUCGGCCGCAUACAAUGCCUCGAAAGCAGCCGUGGCUUCUUACAGCGACACUCUCCGGGUCGAACUUAGCCCACUUGGUAUCAAGGUUGUUACGCUAUUUAUGGGCGAAGUUUCGACCAAGCUCGUUUCUCCCGACAGUAUCUCUUUUGGCCCCGAGAGUAUCUACACUGUUGCACUAGAGGGUAUCAGGGAGUGGAGUCGAAACCAUGCUAGAAACAGCAUGAAGCCGGAAGCGUUUGCCAAACAGGUUGUUCAAGCUAUAUUGGCUAAGAGUCCUAGAUAUGGAAAAGGCGAGGUCCUGUGGAAAGGGACCAAUGCUUGGGUGAUUUGGCUUUUGAACCUCGUUGGGUGGAGAUAUAUGCUGGAGAACGUCUCCAAAAAGAUGGUCGGCCUCGAGAAAAAGGAAGUCCGGAAGUCUGUUCUUGACAAAGCGAGAAAGAUUUGGUCAAAGGAAAUGGUGCAGGAAAGCUAA